UACUGACGUAUGUAAAUGAACAUAGGGGAGGUCCUUGGGCACAAAACACACUCUGAAUCAGUUUCACAUUGCAGCUCCGGAGUUCCUGCGUGGAAGGAAAAACGAGACGUGGCGAAAUCUGCUCAGCAAACCAUGCAGGAUGAUUUACUGAUGGACAAAAACAAAGCCCAGCCUCACCACCAGCAAGAUCCAACGCAAGUAGACCCUCCUCCCUCCACCCCGACCCCGUCAUCGGAGCCCACUUCGUCUUCAUCGGAGUCGGAGAGCCCGUCAUCUGGGAGCAACCCAGCGGCUUCAGCGCUGAGCAGCAGCAAGGACAAAGUGCCGAUGGAGUCGCCGAUCCUGCCCGGGCUGAACUUCCACCAAGAGACCGGCGGUCCCCUGUCCUCCCCUUCCUCCUCUUUUGGGAGCACUUGGUCCACAGGAACCACGAACGCCGUGGACGAUAGCUUUUUCCAGGGAAUACCCUCUGUGAACGGGACGAUGCUUUUCCAGAACUUCCCCCACCACGUCAACCCGGUCUUCGGGGGAAAUUUCUCCCCGCAGAUCGGCCUGGCCCCGCAGACUCAGCAGCAUCAACAGCAGCAAGCCCCGCAGCAGCAGCAGCAGCAGCAGCAGCAGUCCCAGCAGAGGAGAUCCCCUGUCAGCCCCAGCCAAGGGCCAUUCCCCCAGAGAAACGCUUAUCAAACCAUAAUGAAUAACAGUAAAGGGUCGUCAUCUUCUGCCCCAUCGUCCGCUUGGAAUAAUCACCAAAACGCCACAUGGAGCACAGCCUCCAACCCAUGGAGCGGUCUGCAGGCGGGCAGGGACCCGCGCAGAGCGGUGGGUGUCGGGGUUGGGGUCGGGGUAGGAGUCGGUGUCGGGGUGCCGUCUGCCCUGAACCCCAUUUCUCCAAUGAAAAAGCCCUAUUCCAGCAAUGUUAUAGCACCCCCAAAAUUCCCAAGACCAGGUCCUCUAACCCCCAAACCCUGGAUGGAGGACAGCGGCUUCAGGACUGACAACAACAUACUGCCUUUCCAGGACCGGAAUCGGCCCUUCGACGCUUUUAGCUUGCACUCAUUGGAGAAUUCCUUAAUGGAUAUGAUAAGAACUGACCACGACAAAGGUAAACCACACCCUGCCGGUGGCCCACCAAUGACUAUCGCUGAUAUUAUAUGGAGGAAUCAUUUUGCAGGACGAAUGGGCCUCAACUUCCACCAUCCUGGAGCAGACCACAUAAUGCCAAUAAACACCCGGAGCUAUGGCCGCAGAAGAGGUCGUUCCUGUCUGUUUCCCUUUGAAGACGGUUUCCUCGACGAUGGCCACGGUGACCCCUCCCUGACUCCGGGCCUGAACUCGCCGACCCGCUGCCAGAACGGAGAGAGGAUGGAGCGCUACUCCAGGAAGGUGUUUGUUGGAGGUCUCCCCCCUGAUAUAGAUGAAGAUGAGAUCACCAACAGUUUCCGUCGAUACGGACACCUUGUGGUCGACUGGCCGCACAAAGCUGAGAGCAAGUCCUACUUCCCCCCUAAAGGCUAUGCCUUCCUGCUGUUCCAGGAAGAGACUUCUGUUCAGGCCUUGAUCGACGCCUGCAUCGAGGAGGACGGAAAGCUCUACCUGUGUGUGUCCAGUCCCACCAUCAAAGACAAACCAGUCCAGAUCCGUCCCUGGAACCUGAGCGACAGUGACUUUGUCAUGGACGGCUCCCAGCCUCUGGACCCCCGCAAGACCAUCUUUGUAGGGGGGGUGCCGCGGCCCCUGCGUGCAGUGGAGCUGGCGAUGAUCAUGGACCGGCUGUACGGAGGUGUUUGCUAUGCCGGCAUCGACACCGACCCGGAGCUCAAAUACCCAAAGGGAGCCGGCCGUGUUGCCUUCUCCAACCAGCAGAGCUACAUCGCCGCCAUCAGCGCUCGCUUCGUACAGCUGCAGCACAAUGACAUCGACAAAAGGGUGGAGGUAAAGCCGUACGUCCUGGACGACCAGAUGUGUGAUGAGUGUCAGGGGGCUCGCUGCGGGGGGAAGUUCGCCCCCUUCUUCUGUGCCAACGUCACCUGCCUGCAGUACUACUGCGAGUACUGCUGGGCCAGCAUCCACUCAAGGGCCGGCCGAGAGUUUCACAAGCCGCUGGUGAAGGAGGGGGGCGACCGGCCUCGACAUGUGUCCUUCCGCUGGAGCUGAGUGGGGGUCAUGCGUCCAGCCCUGCAGCCCCCCCCCCCCCCCCCCCGUGAACCCACACCGACCCCCUGAAAAGAACAACCACCUGAACCCCUCCUGCCCUGCAGUCUGAGUCAGCACUGCAACAACCCCCUAUACCCCCCACCUCCUCCACCCGUCUCCCACAUACACCUCAUGAAAAAAAGAUCUGGUCAAAGACACGGGACAGUCCCCCCCCCGCCACCCCUCCCUCUGAACUCAGUGUGUCGCCUCUGAUGAAGCACUGCGGGGGACACAAACAUCUAUCAGCGCUAAAUUUGCACUUUGGCACAAAAUCUCACCAAACACAAACACACACACACGCGUACACACACGCACACCCACACAGGAUGGUCUGUUUGACACCUGUCUGCUGUUGACUGGGUGCUGUGGUACGUCCUGUUGGACCCCUCCCCCUUUACUGAGAACAGAGGUGGGACCAUUUAAAUAUUUAAAGAAAAAAAAAAGUAUAUAUUUUUUGUUUUCUACCUAUCUAUUCAUAUAUAGAUAAUUAAAAUUUUAUGUAAAAGGAGCAUGCACUUAUUUUGAGAAGCUGUAGUUCUAUCGCCCCUCGUGAAGAGUCCUACCAAAGGCAAACGGAAAAGAGAAACAGGAGGCACAAGAUGUAGCAACAACUAUCCAGUAGUGUGAGUACAAAUAACAACACGGCUAUAUUCACUCUCAAUUUUGACUCUGAUAAUAUUAAUACCUCAUACGUGGAUUAGUUGGCUUUCAAUCUCUAGGUCUUUAUUUUUAUAACAACAUUAUUUUCUAGUGUUAAGUAAAUGUAAUGCUGCAAUAGCUUUGCUGCUAAAUCCAUGGUAUGACCAGGUACCACUCGUACUUUCUUCAGGCUGGGUGUACAAUAAUCACAACAGAUCUCGAGAAGCACCUGGCAACGACGAGCUAUCAACAGGGGGAGGGGGCGCCCCCAAGACAAAGAUGGCUACCUUUUUAAGGGGGAUCGGGGGGGUGGGUCGCCCCUUACUGCAUGUUUAUUUCAAUCAGGUUGCUGCAUGCAAAGACUUUUCAGUAUCAUGUCUACUCCUCGACUCUGCCCAAGUUUGCACAACACACGAACAGAGAGGACGGGUCGGCGGAAUCAUGGCGGGCCUCGCCGCAGACGACACGGGGAGAAAACAACCUUAAUAAUCACAAAGUAAAUGUAGGAUAACCAUUCAAACUGUCUCUGAUAGGUGAAGUAACUUUUUUGCAGUGAUUGUUGAUAUAAUUGUGCAAUUUUUUUAUACCGUAUGUAGUUAGGUGUGUAUGCCUAGAACUGUGAUUCGCUUUAACUGUCGUUGAUGUCCGACAUAGAAGUCCUGUGAAACUUCAUAACUAGUGUAUGCACACGUGUAUACUGUAUGUUCUCUUGUAAACACAUACUUGCACCAGAAUACACAGAAGCCUCUGGAACACACAUGAACACACACACACACACACACAAAGGACGGCUGUCUUUCCUACGCACACACAGAAGACAAAACAAUGUGAGCUUAAACUGACAACUGAGGUCUUUUCUGUUCGUUUAUUCGUUAACAGAAGCGCACGUUUACGUCCCAGAACGCAACCAAAGAGCUCACAUGUUCGACUUAUAAAAGACAAACUCCACACGGAGGGGGAGGAGGAGGAGGAGGAGGAGCGGAGGGAGCAGACGAUUAGAGGUGUGGAGUAGGGAAGAAGAAUUGUGGGUGGGGUGGGAGGUGUGAAAUCAAACAUUGAAGCUACUGGAGACUUGAGGUUGAGCUCUGCACAUGCUCUCACUAUAAGGCU